GUAGCAAAGCAAGAACGAGCACCAUAAAUGGAACCAUAAAUUUUCCUUCAGUGACUACAGCGCAAUAUCUUUGAACCCUUUCGUCUGUCUUCGGCACUUUCCGUUAGACGAAGAAGGGAAAACCCCCUCUUAUUCUUGUUCCCCCCCAUACCAGAAUACAUCGGUUAUUAUUAAUAGAACGGUCUCAAGUAAAGAUAUUUUUUUUCUUUCCUCUCUUGCAGGUACAUGUGGCGUUAUCUGUUUACUGAUUUCUUGGAAUACGUCAGUGAAUCCUUGGCCGAAGAAGGAACCGGGUCAGACGAUGUCAAUGGUAACAGCAGCAACGACAACAACAACAGCCACAAUGGCAUCGGUGAUAGGGACGGUGGAGGUGGUCGUGGCGGAGAAGUAAAAUACAAAGAAGAAAAUAACUUUGAAGAGGAGGAGGUGGAUGAGGAGGAGGAUGAGGAGGAAGUUGAAGGUAAUGAUGUGGAUGAAAGAAGAAGCACUUAUUACUCUGAGGAUGAUGAGGAACUCUUGGAAGGUUGGUCAGCGAUCCCCGACAUAAUUCUUGAAGAUAUUUUGUCCCUGCUUUCUCCAAAACACCGGCACCAGUGUUCCAUGGUCAGUCGACGCUGGUACAGAUAUUUUUACUCAUCCAGGGUAUGGGAGACGUUUACUCUCAAUGAUCGAUCUUUCACUCGGAAGAAAUUUAAUUUGUAUUUAGGUUACCAACAUGAGAGUGAUCCCAGGAAGGUGCAGCUGUGUUUGGCCCGGGUUGGUUCUUUCUUCAAAACCAUCAUCAUCCCACCCAUCAAAGAUUACUUCAACUUGUAUGAGUUUCUGCGAGUUUUGGGUUACUUCCUCAACUUCUUCGACAACUAUCCAAUGCCGCACCUUAAAACUUUUCAUUUCACCUUCCACUGCGAGUUUUGGGAACACAGUGGAGUCAGCAUCCACGGAACCGGUGGAGACAUUCUGGACAAGAUGAAGAAGGUGAUUGGCAGUAUGAAGAAUAUGAAGGAGAUUCAUUUGGCCAAUCUGAUGCUGGACAUGAAAGAUGCCACUAACUUCAUCGACCCGAUCUACACAGUGAGUGGAGAUUCACUGCAGAUACUGAGUUUGGUUAAUUGCACUAAUGACGUUUUCCCAUUCCCAAUGAUUGCGCAGAUGUCCGCACUGCAGAAGCUGGUCAUCUCAUCGAAUAACAUUGAUGAUGAGAGCGUCCUGUUGUUUGCUGGGACACAGCUGACUGAGAUCCAAAUUGUCGAAGACCAUCUCACACCAUCCAGCGUACCAAUCUCACCAGUGACAUGGAGCUUCUUGCUUGAGAUGAUCCCUUAUAUCCGAGUGGUACUGAGGACGCUUGGCCGACUUAGGCGAGACAUGAUGCAGCAGCCUGGGGCACCCGUGUACUCAGUCAUCCAUGAGAAUCCACGCAGCCAGUUAAGGCCAGCUGUUGCCAUGCAAAUCGCAGACCUGUAUCAUAAAAACCUUGAGCUCUUUGCUCAACUGAAGUUGCCCCGAGUACAUGGCUCACGUUCGUUCACUGAACGGAUUGAUUCUAACCUGCUGAUGAUGGUCAAGAGUUGUCCAAAACUGCACACACUAAUCAUCAAAGAAAGACUUUCCACAGCCUCUCUUCUCCUUUUGGUCCACGAAGCAAAGAACCUCAAGAAACUCUAUGUUCGUAAGAACGCUUUGCUACGAAAGUAUGAUUGGCCUCGGUUGCCUGAGUGGUCAGACAGCUUUUACAGAUGGCUGAAACGAACUUCGUAUGACAUAAACUCUCUUGAAGACUACAUAUCUGGUGUCCUAGAUUACCGAUGGCACCCCUUAACUGAUAAACAAUUUAAGCUUUUGUCUUUGAGGUAGCAAAAGCUUCACCUCACCCCCGUCCUCCUUCCCAAACUUCCAAAUAAAAAUAGAUAUAUAUUUAUGUAAAUAAAAUCUCAUUUUUAUAUAUUA